UGUCCCCAGGGGGGCGGAAGUGACGCUCCCGGGAGAGGGCUCCUGUUUAUUUGUUCCCCGGCUCUCGAGCGAGGUGGAGGCCGCCGUUGGGUCAUGGCGUUGGAGACGGUGCCCAAGGACCUGCGGCACCUCAGGGCCUGCUUGCUCUGCUCGCUCGUCAAGACCAUUGACCAGUUUGAAUUUGAUGGCUGCGACAACUGCGAUUCAUACCUGCAGAUGAAGGGGAACCGGGAGAUGGUUUAUGAUUGCACUAGUUCAUCCUUUGAUGGCAUCAUUGCCAUGAUGAGCCCUGAAGACAGCUGGGUCUCCAAGUGGCAACGGAUCAGUAAUUUUAAGCCAGGAGUGUAUGCAGUGUCUGUGACAGGCCGUCUUCCCCAAGGGAUUGUACGAGAACUGAAGAGCCGAGGUGUGGCCUAUAAAUCUCGGGACACGGCCAUUAAGACCUAGACAGACCUCUUUUCCCCCCCGAGAUGCUCCAUCUGGCUGUCUAUUCCUGGGCAGGCCUGUUGCUGAGUGGAACCACCUUCAUGUCAUGGGAGCAGCAUCUUUGUGCGUCUGGGGCUGUCGACCGCCAGCUGCCCUCGUCUCACCCCGACAGCUUAGCUUGACAAGGGGGGGGGGCAUCCUUCCGUGAAGCCGCAACCAGGAGCGCCUGUUGUUCACCAGGGAAGCGUUUCUUUUGAGAUUUCUGUAAAUAAUUUUUAAUAAAUUGGAUCAUAGGAUCCGAAAAGUGGCA